GUAUGAUCAACACGUGGCUGUCCCGGGUCAAGUUUGGGCCAAGUCCUUGGAUUCUCUCGUUCAUGGACGAUAUAUCAUUUUAGAUUUUCGUUUUUUAUAAGCUUAUCCAAUAUCCAUAUUGUUUGCGUUUUAUGGUACCAAUGCCACGCUUUACUUUAAGAUAUAGUUGCUGGAGAGGAGAUUGCUAUCUUGACGUAUGAGAUCAAACUAAAAAGGCAUGUGAAGCACUUUGAAACUGCGAAUGUAAUUGGUGAUUUUCUUGAAGUUGGAUAUAGUUGGGUGUUCAGCUAAUUUUCAUACUCAUCCAUCUUUACGACCGACGGUGCGUCCCAGAUCGGCCGGUCGCCGGCCACUCCCCGGGACGGGACGGGACGGGGACGGGGGACGCACAAGUGUGCCGGCCGCCCGACCGGCCGGACGGCUGUGGCGACGGCUGCGUCCCGUCGACGGGAGAGCGGUGGCAGGAGUGAGAAGUGUCGGACAGUGAGGGAAGAAUAAGAAAACAGAGCGGUGUGUGAAGUAUUGACAGGAGGAGACGCCAUGGCCUCCUGCAAUACAUCGCUGGUGCCCCUCCGGGUGAUGCUCUUCGCCUUUUAUGGAGCCAUCGGGUGCGUGGUGCCGUUUCUCUCGCUGCACAUGGCCAGCCUGGGCCUGACGGCCGACGAGCGGAGCUGGGUGGAGUUCGUGGCGCCGCUGGCCUGCGGCGUCGGCCCGCUGCUGGGCGCUGUGCUGGCCGACAGGAUGGGCAACUACCGCCCGCUGCUGGUGCUGGCUCUGCUGGUCGCCGCCGCCGCCUACCCCUGCCUGCUGCUGGUGCCGCCCGUGCAGAGACUGCCGGCGCGACCCGCCGCCCUGGAGCUGCGCUGUGCCCCGGACGGGACGGAGAUUCAUGUGGAGCGGUGUGGACCAGCGUGUGUGGAUGGAGACAGGACUGAGCGGGCGUACUACAUCCACGGGUGUCGGUACCGGUGCGAGGAGGACACCGAGCCGCCGUCUGUGCCACCACACCUCUGUCUGGAAGGCACCAGUGAGCCCACGCAGUGUGAGGUAGUGUCGGACGGCGCCGGUAUCCUGGUAAACGCCUCACUGACGGUAUUACCGGCUGGUGAAAACAGCCAGGAUACACAGGACUGUCAGUAUCCAUUGAUCGAGUUCAGUCGCGGCGAGCGGCGCCACCGCAGCCUAGCCUGCGGUCGUCAGACGGGCUGCGCGCUGCACUGUGACCUACAGCAGCUGAGUGGUGCCCCGCUGUUCCGUGACGACCAGUGCCGCGCCGUGCUGGGUGACCCCCAGAUGACUUUUUGGCUGUACUUUGGUCUGCGCGCCGCCGCUGAGUCGUUCCUCUCACUGGCUCUGGUGCUAGUCUCGGCCACCACACUGCUGCUCCGCCGGCGGCACGGCUCUGACCACGGCCGGGAGGCGCUCUGGGGGCUGCUGGGGCUGGCCAUCACCGCUCCGCUCACCGGCUACCUGUUGGACACCCAGCGGACCGCGGAUGGCUCACCCGACCUCCGUCCCGGCCUCUGCGCCUACGCGGCUCUUCUACUGGCCGCGCUGACCCUAGCAGCACUCGUCACCGUUCGCCCGGGCGUGGCACACGACUCGCGAGAGUACAGCCGUCGUCUGGCGCGCUCCGUCUGCGCUGCUGAGUUUUUCGGCGUGCUCUGCGCGCUGGCGGUGCUGGGAGCUCUCUGGGGCUUCCUGGAGACGUUCCUGGCGGGACACGCGAGCGGUAUGGGUGGCUCACAUCUGCAGACUGGUCUGGGAACCACUGCUGGUGCGCUGCUCCUGAUACCGCUCAUGGCGAAGGCGGAGGCUCUGAUUGCCUACUGCGGGCAUCACCACGUCUUCAUGGUGGCCUUCAUCGUCUACAUCGUCAGAUACGUCAGUUACGCGUACAUCGUCAGCGCGUGGCUGCUGCUGGUGGCCGAGUCGUUGGAGAUGUUUACCGUACACCUGGCGUGGCUGUCGGCCGUUCAGCUGAGCUCGCUGCACGGCCGGCCGGUGGUCGAGGCCACACUGCAGGCUGCCGUUACUGUGGCGCACUUCGGCGUCGGUCGCGGUGUCGGCGCCGGUGUGGUCCGGUACGUUCUGCCGCUCUUCUCCCCGUUCGUGGUGCUCUGUGCCGGCUCCAUCCUCUCUGCCGUGUGCGCGGCACUCUAUCUGUCGCUCUACCACUGCUGUCGAGCUCUGGCGCCCUAUCGGAGAGGCACAGGGAAACGGAGACAGCACCUCAGUGACGGAGCGAUGCUGAACGGGACCACGAACGACACACGGCCGAACCGGUGGUGAUGCGGCGCUGAGGUCGGCUCUGCUGCACCAGACUCAGCAGCUGGUGGCCUGGUGCGCCGUUCUCACUAGGAGGUGGUUGGUGCAGCUCCUGUGCCCGCCUGUGCUACACCAAAGGGGGCCAGUGGUGACGCGGUGCCCGAGACCUUAUCAAGACAAUGUCGACCAAGGGGGGAUGAUCCUCGUCGAUGAAGAGCCACCAUAAAUCCAGCCAAAAAGCUACACCAGUUUCAACAGAGCGACCAAAUGCUCGUCAGCAAAAGUACUCUGGACAAUGUAAGAAGCUGAAUGACUGCGGGAACGUGAGGCAAUAAAAACAAUGACGCUGUCAGUCGGCCUUCAGAUUGCUUCCCCUCCACCAUUGUGCCUGGUUAAAAGGAUACGCCUCUGAGGGUCCAAGCUGUGAAGGUGUGCAUUGUGUGCAGGUGUAAGUUUCGAGUUUUCAUGACAAUCGAAUGCUUGGCAGCUGCUCAGUGUCGAUAAAUCCGUCCGUGUGCCUGCCCACUCGGUCCGGUGCGUCAAUCGAAAAAAAAAACUUAAGAUUGAGAGGUGAGAACUGAUUGGUGAAGAACAUCUUGCACCGCGGAUUCCAACGAUUUCGAUCUAAGCCGCAGCGUAUCGUGAAUUUGGCGAAGCAUAAUGCCAUGAAUGAAUGCACUUUGUGAACCGUCCAUUCGACGCGAAUUGUCAUGCCGGAGCACGUGAAUUAUAAACGGUCAAUUAAGUUUGUGACAUUGAGCUAGGAGUGAAUGACCGAUUGGCUUAUAUCCGACGAGAUUUAGGCGCUAUUCUUCAGUAGCCACUUAACUGAGCCAGUCUGGUGCCAGCUGUGUUGUGUUUUCAGUUAUCUGCUUUGUGUGUUUCGUUACUGUUUUAUGUUACGAGGACGUUGUUUUGGGGCGGUAAAGUAACAGGUGUGACGUUUUAUCAUUUAAUUGUAUAAAAAGUUCAGGUGCCCUUGUUACGCAAAGGUAUUCCUCCAGGAUAACAGUGAAAUACGAACCAUAUGACUUGCAGAGUGCGGUUUUAUCGUUUAUGUGUUGUGUGUACCAAUUGCCAUUGACCGUGCAGAAGUCGACUGGAAUGAAAAGUGUAAUUAUUGCCUCCUGCCUUUCGUAAUACACGUGCCAAGGAGCUA